AGGGCGCUGUGACCCCUGUUACACACUGCAUAGACGGUCACACAUCCAUAGGUAACAAGCAGGGCGAGCUGAAAAUAACGGAGAAGCCUUACAAUGGCUACAGCUACCCUUCAGACAUUUAACGUGUUCCUGACGGAAAGACUAACCGCAGCUGCGGUGGACAUCUACGGAUUCGUUGAGAAGACCCUGGUAGAGUACCAGGAGGAGGUGUACCGAGCCAAGCUGGAGAACCAGAGGCUGCAGCGGCUGCUGGACCUCGUCUACAAACCAGAGAUAAGACUGCACAGGGCAGAUGCCAAACAACAGCCAACUGAGGACAUUCCACCUAAACAGCAAGAGUGGAGCUCGAGUGUGUGGCAGGAUGAGCCAGGACCCUCCGAGGUUAAAGAGGAGCAGAGGGAGGAACUGUGGCUCAAUGGAGGUGAGGAGCAACCAACGAUGGAAGACAGCGAUGACGGAGAUGCCUUGACAAAAGAACUCAUCAAAACAGUGCAGCAGUUAGAGGACUGCAGAGCAGCAGAGGAGAGCAGAGAGUCGAGGCAAACAUCUCCAGAUGAACCAAACCUUCUGGAAGAGAAGACUAGCACCACCCUGUACCGCUGCCACAUAUGCAACUACAUUUUCACCAAAAAGACUGUGCUAACGUGGCACCUCAAGACGCAUGAAAGCAAGCCACAGGAGAGCAAGAGCAACUUUGACUGCCACAUCUGCGGCAAGCACAUCCCCUGCCAGAGCAACCUGCAGAAUCAUAUGAGAGUGCACACAGGAGAGAGACCCUACAGCUGCCAUUACUGCGGCAAGUGUUUUAAGCUGAAAGGACACAUGACAGAACACAUAAGGACUCACACAGGGGAGAAACCUUUCAGCUGCCACAUCUGUGACAAAUCCUUCAACAGGGGUUCCACUCUGAGGAAGCACGUUCUAGCCAAACAUAAAGAGGAGAGGCCGUACAAAUGUGGGGACUGCGAUGAGCUCUUUACAGAGCGGCUGCUGAUGAAGAGGCAUAUGAGAAACGUUCACGGUGUUAACCUGUCCACAAGUCAGAGUCCCACCUGAGAGGCGUUAGAGCUGAUGGCGCGUGUAGUCGAAAAUCUGAGUACAGAACUGAGUUUGGUGGUGUCUUUUGAAAUUUUCAACAUGUAUCCACAACAAAAUCAGCAAAGUUUACAUUCAGCCAGACUGCCAUAAAUGGGACUGAAUCCAAACAGUCAGGCCAACUGCCAAAUGUUUUCCAAAGAUUGCCAUGAGAUAGUAAAUAUACUGAAAUAGGCUUUUAAUUUGAAAUCGUGGGUUGUAUACUUAUAUGCAGGUUGGAUGGAAAAUGAAAUGGAAAUUCUCAUGUGUCUGCAGUAAUUAUUGGACUGGAGUCAAGAGAACAUUAGUUUGACUACAAAUCCAUUGUAGGGUGUGACAGUGGAUCCAAAGAUUUCAUUCCGAUACUUAAUGGCAGCUGGGGUGAUGUUGGUUAACCCGUACAAGUCUCUGUGUCCAUCCAUGGAUAUGCUUCUCCAGGCCACCAUCAGUGCAGUCAUUCUGAACAAUGUCACAAGCAGCGUAAUGUUCUCCAGGGCUUCUCCAGACCCUUUCAGGUCUGUCACAUGUGCUCAGGGUGAACCUAAUCUCAUAUGGGAAAAGGAAAUGGUCCCAGUGGUGUACCUGCCAGUUCUGGUAUUCAAUGGAAAAUUCCAGUCGCACUCCACAGCGGUCUCCACCUGUAAAACCUGUUUUGGGGAUUGUCUCAUUGUUGCUCCUGUAGUGAACCUCUUGGUAAUUUCAGCUGAAACUGAUUAACAGCUCCUCUGCUACUUAACUGACAACAGAGAUUUCAGUGGCUUAAUGUUAUACUCUGAUUACAAAGUGUUUUUUAAGCAGUGCAGUGCACUUUGUUGUUGUAAGACAAACCAGCAGCUGAGGAGCUAAAAGAUUACUGAUUUAUAACAGAAUAAAAUAGGAACAAAUAAUAACAAAAAACAGCAUAAACAAAAAAGACAAAAUACUUUUUUUCCAUCUAACUUGCAUACAAGUACAUUUCCCCAAGUGCCUAUGAAGUUAUGAUAGAGGGAACAGUUUAUUACUGAUCCUGGGUUUUUGCUGAGGUAAGCUAACUUCCUGACUCGGACACUUAAAAAGAAACUGAUUAAAAAUGUACUUUUAAAAUUUUUAAAUAUAUUCCCUUUUAAUCCAACCAAGCAUUCUUAACUACUUUCAGUGCUGAGCUGGAUUUUAAACACUGAAAAAUACAGGUUUGGACAGUUCAGUAACCAGCAUUUGUAGAGACUACAUACAAAACACACGGAGAUGGCCAGCUGAAUAUUAGCUUUUCAAAUGCACAAUACUGUAGAUACAGCUGGAUGCUGGAGGAUUGUUUUUCUACUGCAUUUCUGGUACUGUGGACCACUUACUAAACUCUACAUUCCUGUUCUGUUCAGAGUCUCUAAUAAACACUAACAUAUUUAGCAAGCACGAGUCAAAAGGAUUAAACAGACAUCUACAGUGACAAAGUUCAACCUGAUCAAAAAAUAGUUUUGAAAUCUAAAUUGCACCAUAAUAUCAAAUGAUGCUGUACGUCAUGUGUUACUGAUGUUGCACUGUAAAAUAGAUUUAUAUACUGUAUAUAUUUUGCCAAAGUUAUUUCACGAUGAUCCUGUUAUGUGAACAUAAAAAUAUAAAGCUAAAAAAAAGUCACA